AUGGUAAAUGUAAACUCUCAUAACGAAAAAAAAGAGUCUGCUGCUUUUACGGAAGGUUCUGUUGCUUUCGUUAGAAAUUCUAGUGGCUCUGUUGCCUUUGCUGAAGGUUUUAUAUCCUUUGCAAAAAAUUCUAAUGCUACAUUUGCUAAAGUAUCGGUUGUUUUUGAGGAUGAUUCUGAUACCAGAGGUUCCGUUGUUCUUGUCAAAGAAUCUGAUACUUCUAGAAAAGAAAUUGAAAAUGAAGUACAAAUUAAUGUUGAUGAUAUAAUGGAAAGGAUCAAAUUCUAUGUUACCAAAGGAAAUAUGGGUUCAAAACAAAUAUAUCCCUUAUUAGUUGCAAGUUUUCCAGAUCAAUAUAUUCAUAAAAGGGAUCUUCACAAUGCAAUUCAAAGGUUUAAAGUCCCAUUUACUAUUCGACAUGGAGAUGCACAAAAUAUGAUCAAUACAUUACUUAAUUUAAAAGAUCAAGAACCCGGAUGGAUCAUUCACACAAGAAUUGAUCAUUUUGAUAACUGA